AUGUCUCCCGCUUACUUACAACGACCGCUGCGAAUCUCAAUUGACAGAGGCGGAACGUUCACAGACUGUGUUUGUAAAGUCUCAGAUCAAGAUGAUAUUGUAGUCAAAAUUCUCUCGGUGGAUAAUAAGAACUAUCCUGAUGCCCCAACCGAGGCCGUUCGGCGAGUUUUGGAGAAAUAUUACGCCCAAUCCAUCCCAAGAGGUACUCAGUUAGAUCUUAAAGAUGUCGAAUGGAUUCGAAUGGGUACAACAGUUGCAACCAAUGCACUUUUAGAACGCAAGGGUGAACGCACAGCAUUUCUAGUCACAGCAGGCUUCAAGGAUAUUUUACAGAUUGGAAAUCAGUCCAGGCCUUAUAUGUUCGAUUUAGCUAUCCGACGACCUCAGCCGCUAUACUCCGAUGUGUUCGAAGUUGACGAGCGAGUUGUCCUUGAACGAUGCAGUGACUCAAAGCUUCGUCAUCUGGAUAUGCAGCAUCCAAAGUCACUUGAAACUGUUGUCGGCACUUCUGGGGAAGAAUUUCGCAUAGUAAAAAGGCUUGAUGUGGACAGCACCCGCGCAUACUUACAGAAAAUCUAUGCGGAAGGUUUCCGAUCUAUAGCGGUUUCUCUUAUGCACUCCUAUCUCUUCCCAGAUCACGAACUCAAGAUUCAAGAACUAGCAAAAAAGAUCGGCUUUCAACAUGUUUCGGUUUCUCAUCGUGUUUCUCAACGUCCUAAAAUUGUGCCCAGGGGAAACUCAACCGUCAUCGAUUGCUAUCUCACCCCAACUAUUGAAAAAUACCUCUCCCAAUUCAGCGCAAGCUUCCCCAACUUUGAUGAUGGCCACACAAAACUUGAGUUUAUGCAGUCAGAUGGUGCUCUUGUGCCUGCUUCAAAAUUAUCAGGGCUACAUGCUAUACUCUCUGGCCCUGCCGGAGGUGUCGUUGGCUACGCACGUACAUCAUAUGAUUCGAAGUCAAAAAUUCCCAUCAUUGGCUUCGACAUGGGAGGAACCAGUACAGAUGUCAGCCGAUAUGAUGGCCAAUUUGACCAUAUUUUUGAGACCACCACGGCCGGAAUCCCCAUUCAGGCACCUCAGCUGAAUGUAAAUACCAUCGCUGCUGGAGGUGGAAGUAUUCUAGCAUGGAAGGAUGGACUAAUGGCUGUGGGACCUGAAAGUGCUUCCUCGCAUCCCGGUCCAGCUUGCUAUAGAAAGGGGGGGCCUUUGACAGUUACAGACGCCAAUCUUGCAUUGGGAAGAUUAAUUCCAGAGCAUUUUCCUUCUGUGUUUGGACCCAAUGAAGACGAGCCUUUGGAUCGAGAAAUUGUGCUCUCCAAAUUCCAGGAACUGACAGAUAUCAUCAACCGCGAUACCAAUAAAUCGCUCACAUGGGCUGAGGUAGCAGAUGGCUUCUUGCAAGUCGCAAAUUCAGCCAUGUGUGGCCCAAUCCGUCAGUUAACCGAAGGACGAGGUCAUGAUGCCGCGAAACAUCAUCUGGCUUCAUUUGGUGGUGCCGGAGGUCAACACGCAUGUGCAAUCGCUGAGGCACUCGGUAUUCGACGUGUCAUUAUUCAUAAACACUCUUCUAUUCUGUCUGCAUAUGGCAUUGGCUUGGCGGAUGUUGUUCAUGACGAAGAAAGACCGUACGCAAAGGCAUUUGACGAUUCAACCAAGGACCAAAUAGUCGCAGAUCUUGAGAAUCUGUUAACUAUCGCUCAAAAUGAUCCUUCUAUGACCCACUUCUCCCGUAUUGAGGGACAUCGAUAUUUGUUCAUGCGAUAUGACGGCAGUGAAACAGCUAUGCCCAUUUCAGUCACGGAAGAGUGUGAUGCCAGAGAAAGCUUCAUCGAUGCUCACCAUCAACAAUUCGGCUUCACCCCAGUAAAUCGCCAGAUUCUCGUAGAUAACAUUCGUGUGCGGGCUAUCGGACAUAGCAAUUUUAGUGAAGAUGCGCCUCUUGAUCUGCAGGCCCUCCGGAAUACCAACCAGAAGUUUGCAACUCCAAAGGCAGACUCGACAAAUUCCGUCUACUUCAAGUCACUUGGGUGGACAGAUACUCCUGUAUACUUGCUCGGUUCUCUACUAGAGGGUAGUACCGUUCAAGGUCCAGCUUUUGUGGUUGACAGUACACAAACAAUUAUUGUUAGCCCUCAUUGCUCUGCAACUGCUACCAAGGAUCUUUUACUACUAGACGUCAGCUUUGAGAAAAAGCUCGUCAGCGCUUCUGCCAUUGAUCCUGUUCAACUGUCUGUCUUCCGUCAUCGUUUCUACGGCGUAGCCGAGCAAAUGGGACGUGUUCUACAAAAGGUCAGUGUCAGUGCGAACAUCAAGGAGCGAUUGGAUUUCAGCUGUGCGAUAUUCUCACCUGAUGGAUCUCUGGUCGCAAAUGCUCCUCAUGUACCAGCUAUGAUUGGUAGUAUGGGAUUUGCAGUAAAAUCGCAAAUCAAACAGUGGGCAGGAAAGUUGAGAGAUGGUGAUGUACUGCUUUCAAAUUCACCUGAGUAUGGAGGCGUUCACCUUCCAGAUUUGACCACGAUAACACCAGUCUUUGAUUCCGAAGGAAAAGAGAUUAUCUUCUGGACAGCCUCUCGUGGCCACCAUGCUGAUGUCGGUGGAAUUCUUCCAGGUUCCAUGCCUCCACACUCUAAGCGUCUGCGAGAAGAAGGUGCAGUGUUUGAUACAUUCCUUCUUGUCCGCGAUGGCGAAUUCGCAGAGUGCGAACUCAAACGUAUACUGUGUGACGAGCCUGCGAAGUUUCCAGGAUGCAGUGGCUCCAGAUGUUUCCAGGACAACGUGACGGAUAUCAAAGCUCAAGUCGCAGCUAAUAAUUGCGGUAUCCGUCUUGUUCGACAAUUGAUCAAGGAAUACACCAUGGACGUGGUGCAGAUGUAUAUGGGAGCCAUUCAAGACUCGGCAGAACUUGCAGUUCGCAACCUGUUCAAGAAACUUGUCAAGAAAUUCGCAUCCAACAAGAUCUCAGCCGUUGAUUACAUGGAUGAUGGGACCCCAAUCCACUUACAGGUGACAAUCAGCGACGAUGGGUCUGCCACAUUUGAUUUCCAAGGCACAGGCCCGGAAGUAUAUGGAAACUGGAAUGCCCCUGUCGCCAUCAGCAACGCAUCCGUGAUCUUCGCUCUGCGCUGUAUGGUAGACUCCGAUAUUCCGCUUAACCAAGGCUGUAUGAAGCCUAUCACCAUGGUAAUCCCAGACAAGACACUUCUCAAACCAAGCAUAGAAGCUGCUGUAUGCGCAGGAAAUGUUUUGACUUCCCAAAGGAUUGUUGAUGUUAUCUUCAAGGCCUUCCACGUCUGUGCAGCUAGCCAGGGGUGCAUGAAUAACUUCACAUUUGGCAUAGAUGGCGAGAAUGGCUUCGGAUACUAUGAGACCAUUGCCGGUGGUAGCGGUGCCGGACCUGGUUGGAAUGGUACCAGCGGCGUUCAUACAAAUAUGACAAACACGCGCAUUACGGAUCCCGAGUCCCUUGAGCAACGGUAUCCUGUCAUCCUGCGGCAGUUCUCCUUCAGAGAGGGAAGCGGUGGGUUGGGUGCUUGGUGCGGUGGCGAGGGUGUCGUGAGAGAUGUGGAGUUUCGAAUUGCUAUGUCUGCUUCUAUCUUGUCUGAAAGACGAAGCCUGGCGCCUUAUGGGAUGGAUGGCGGAGAAGACGCAUCACGAGGUCGGAAUACUUGGAUCAGUAGCGCCAUUGGAUUGACAUGCUCUAUUGGAGGGAAGGGCUCAGUUAACGUAGAGCCAGGGGAUCGAGUAGUCAUUGAAACUCCCGGAGGUGGUGGCUAUGGCAAGAAAGAGUACAAAGAUCAAAAUAUUGGAGAUAUGUCUCAAACAAGAUCUUCAAGCUUUGUCCCUGUUGCGAAUGGCAGUGUGGCAGAAGAUCGCGCUCUGGGGGAGCAACAAUGA